AUGGCUGCUGGAGCACAUGCUGAUGCCGCAGUGGUGGCGCUUUGCGUCUUUGGGGAUUUCGAUGAGGCGGUUUUGUCUCUCUUGGGAGCUGCUAAGUCCGGGGCGCUCAGAGCGGGGCUGGCCCAACCCUGCAUGGCGAAGCCCCUCGAGCAGACGCUGAAGUUCGAGGACGAGCAGCCAUGGCAGCAGCAGGAGCUGUGGUGGGACCUGGCCAAGACCUUUGUGGUGCCUGUGCCGGUGACUACGGCAGAGCUUGAGCCGGUGCGCCAGCGGAUUUGUAGCGACCGGUCCUUCCUGCUCUCCAUCCUCAAGGACAAUGCCAAAUGCAGCUACAGCUGGCAGGCGCUGCAAUUCGUCAAUGAGGAGCUGCGAAAUGAUCGGGAUGUCUUCAUCGCGGCCAUCGGCUCCCAGGCGCAAGGCUGGAAGUCUUUGAAGUUUGCUGGCCCGAGCGUGCGGGAGGAUGCUAUGGUGUGCCAUGAGGCAGUGGCCAAAAAUGUGGCAGCCAUGGAGUUUGUGCCGCUCAAGUUCCGGAACGACGGAAAGAUCCUCUCAUUAUGGCUGUCCAUUGCGAUGCAGAAGGCUCACCAGAAGAUGGAGAACAGAUUCGAAAAGCACUGGAAAGCACAGCGGGGAAGCAACACCCAGCUGAGGAAGAGAGUCAGGAUGCAGGAGGUGGAGAAUGUCAGUACAGAGCGUGUGGUGCCACUAGCAGCACUUUGUGUUCAGUGUGCCAGCAGGUGCAUCCUAGUGGCGGUGGGCUCUUACGACCCCGCAACGCGGACGGCCUUUACGGAUCUCAAGUACCCGGGGGUCAAGGUCAAGCAUGGAGAGUCGCCCUACGAUGCGGCCGCGCGGCUUUGUAAGACGAGGCUGGCCUCCCUUGCGGAGUAUAUCGAAGUUGAGACCUCCUCCUUCGAUGCCAAGGAAGAGGAGGACAUCUCUAAGAGGACUGGGCAACCCUCCCGCUACCUCCGCACCAUCUUCCGGGGUCACAUGAGCUCCUUAGUGCCAUGGGCGCAGUAUGUGAAGUUCGUGCCCUCUCGACUGGGGUGUUUGAGCCCGAAGCUCACCUCCAAGCAGAACAGUCUGGCACGCAGGUACCGCAAGGCCACUGCCACUGUGGCGCCCAUGCCGCCCGACAUCUUCGCCUUCAAGCAGGACCUGGGGUCUUCGGAGAUCACUUUGUACGCGUGGGUCCCCGCCUGGGAGUUCGAGCACCUCCGCUACACCGCGCAAGGGGAAGGUCUGGUAGAUUUCUGGGUGCAUCAAGGCGACUUCUCGGUGCUCCACGGGGAGGCGCGGAACUUCACGCCGGGUCUGGCAAAGCCGCAGGUGGCCAAGCCCACGGUGACCAACAACCGGAGUGUGCUGUCCGCGCAGAAGAUUGCCAACCUUGCGCGGCAGCUGGCGAACCGAAGGGAGAUGACCAACCGGAAGUACACCCGUGUGUCCGUCAUGAGGACCGAUUGA